GAAGCCCAAGUGUUUUUCCAUCUGCACAAAAAACGCGACAAAAAUCUCUGGAAUUUUCGGAUUUUAUCGGAGUGCGAAAAAAAAUUUAUUCCAUCGGGAUUUGGAUGAAUAACUAGGAUAGAAUGAUCAGUGCUCAAACUCAGGUUUUGUUGGUGAUUCUUGUUGCUGUAUCUUUUCCACAAAAUGUCAUCGGAACUUGGUGGUUGUUGAGCAGGCUGCAGCUAUCGUCUGCUUAUGCAGACACCCAUUUAAUGUGCGGAGGCAUCCCUGGAUUGACCAGAAAGCAGCGAGAAAUUUGCGAACGUAACCCGGAUACUUUAUUAAGCGUCAGCAAGGGUGUCCGCAUGGGAAUAACAGAGUGCCAAGCACAGUUCAAGAAUCAUAGGUGGAAUUGUUCUACUUUGGACACGGGGACAUCCGUCUUCGGGAAUCACAUGCUCAAAGUGGAUAGUCGCGAGUCUGCUUUUUUAUACGCAAUUAGUUCUGCUGGCGUUACCCAUGCCCUUAUCCGAUCCUGCAGCCGAGGCGAGAUUCUGCACUGUCCCUGUGAUCCCGUGCGCCGGGGCUUCGCUUAUGACUCCAAAGGAAUGUAUAGCUGGGGCGGAUGUUCGCAUGUGGCCACUGGACUCAGAUACUCCAGACGGUUCAUAGAUUCGACGGAAGAACGAAGGAAGGAUGCCAAGGGACUCAUCACUUUCCAUAAUAACAGGGCAGGGAGAAAGGCUGUCCAACGUAGGGCUCGUCUACAGUGCAAAUGUCAUGGCUUGAGUGGUUCUUGUACCACUCGUAGCUGUUGGAAAGCCUUAACGGACUUUGGAGAAGUGGGGAGGCUCCUGAAAAAACGCUACGAUGGUGCAGUGCAGGUGACGGUUGACAACCAGAACUCCUUAAUACAAAUCGAGGGUAGAAAACCCUUCAGCAAGCUGGAUCUCGUCUACUUCGAACAUUCUCCAGAUUACUGCACUCCCAAUAAAUCGUUAGGUACUUUAGGCACAGGAGGGCGCCGUUGCGCAAAAGAUUCUCUUGGAAGCGAAGGUUGCGACAUCCUAUGUUGCGGAAGAGGAUACGACACUCGCCGUGAACUUUUUAUUGAAAAGUGUGGAUGCAAGUUCAACUGGUGUUGCAAGGUCAAGUGCAAGGUGUGCAGAGAAUGGAGAGACAUUCACACCUGUAAGAUGCCCCACAUCACCUGAUCUGAAUGUAAACGAAAAUUCGUUCAGAAUGACAAAAAGUCUGCACGAUUUCUAUUUUCCAGAAACGGAAUGGUAUUGUAAGUCUUUGGGACUGUUUAUCUCUUCCAAGUCAUUUAAUCUACAGAGCCACAGAAAUGCUAGUUAUUUCAGUUACAAUCGAGACAUGUUUAUGGUUGGAAAAUGAGCUGUAAAAAUGUAUCAACAUAAUCAUAUGUGAUGCACGAUUGUUACUGAUAAAAAUGUUUUUGGAGAUCUAAUGGAAAUUAAUUGGCAUGGAAGCAUUUUUAGCGAAUGUUCAUAACUUUUCACGUGAAGUAUAUUUUCAUCCAAGAACAAGCAUUUCAAAAGCCCAAUUUUGACUAUUUCUGCCAAGAUGAUCGUGAGAAGACACUCUUCCAGACUUUUAUAUUUAUCAAUUCUAGUCGAUUUCCAAAAUACUUUUCUUCUAUUGUAUUAAAUCUCGUGUACUGAACUUAUAUUAGAGAUUCAUUGAAUUCCAAUGCAAUAAUUCAAAAUGUGUUACAGCAUGCAGAAAAUGCAGCAGCAUGGAAAUCAUACGAAGCUUCUUUCUUUUAAAUCUGAAUGGAUUUGAAAUUCAAUAAAGCAUUCAGAUCGGAGAAAAUAAUUUUUUUCGAAGAAUACCAACUGUAUUUGUUGAAACUCGCAUCUAGAACUGUUUGGUGGAUGUUUGCUGCUUGUAUAAAUGUAUAAAGCUUUGUAUAAAUUAA